CUAAGCUAAUGCUCCUCCAUUCUUAAAGCUACUCAAGGUUAAUCAUCAAAGACCUAAAUACUUAGUAACACAUAAUAGUCAUCACCAUGACUGGCUCUGGCUCUCCUUGUGGAGCUUGUAAGUUUUUAAGAAGGAGAUGUGUAAAAGGAUGUGUGUUUGCCCCAUACUUUUGCCAUGAACAAGGAGCUUCCCAUUUUGCAGCAAUUCACCAAGUGUUUGGAGCCAGCAAUGCUUCUAAAUUGCUCUCUCAUCUUCCCAUGGAGGAUCGACGUGAAGCCGCUACUACAAUCUAUUAUGAAGCUCAAGCUCGCCGUCAAGACCCCAUCUAUGGCUGCGUUUCUCAUAUCUUUUCCCUCCAACAACAAGUUGUGAAUUUACAAACACAGCUAGAGAUUCUAAAGCAACAAGCAACACAAAGCAUGAUGGCUAUUGAUUCUCCCUCCAUAGAAAACCCUAAUUACUAUCAAGACACUAAGCCUCAAUAUCUUCAAGAAUCUCAUGAUCUCCAUCAUCAUCAUCUAACCACUUCGAAUUGUCAAACGGAGCAAAACUCUGAUCUUAAGAACAUCAUGACGUCGUGCUACCACCAAAUGGAAAUCGAAACGACGCCGUUCACAGGAGCUGGCGGAGAUACCAUGGCGGGGAGUUACUACUACAACUCCUCUAGUGGCUGCAGCGAAGAACUUAAAUCGGUCUCCACCAACGGCGAAUUUUCCAAAUACUCUGAAUUGGAUCAGCACUUGACGAACACUUUUAAUCAGUAUCGUCAUGGCGGCAAUAAUCUGAUAUCCGAGAGUUUAGGGUACAUCACGUAUUCUUGAUGCUUUUGUGAAGAUAUCAAUCAUAUCAAUGAACACGAUCAAGAACCGAUAUAAAUUUUUAUAUAUUUUUUACUUUAUAUUAAGUUUAUAAAUCCUAUGGAUGAAAUGCUUUUUAGUGCUUUAGUUUCCAUUUGAUAUUAGUUUAUAAGCUUUAAAAGUUUUAUUUUUUUCUCUAUAUACACAUAAC